UUGAUAUCAAGCAUUCUCACUGACUAACGUUGCAAUUACAAUGAACAACUUUAUGAUAUUUUUUACACCAUCCGAAAAAAAAAAAUUGCAGUGAAAAAUUUUCCAAAUAGUUGUGCCUGAUUAUAAUUAGGGAUGGCAACAGGGCGGAUCGGGAACGGGUACACAUAAAACCGAAACCGCCCCGUUAGAUAAAUGUUUGCCCCAAAACCGCCCCAUUACCCGUUCGGGUAAUUUUUAUUUGAACCAUACCCGCCCCAACGGGGAAUCGGUUUAUCCACAGGUAACCGUUUGCCCAAAUGAUACCACAUAACCAAUUUUCAAUCCUACUUGUUAUUUAUAAAUUCAAAGCACACUAAAACAUACUACGUACAAAAGUAAAUAUUUAAGCAAUAAAGCAGACUGGCCUAAAUAUCUCUGUUGAGUUUAAUCCAACACGAUAUAGUAAAUAUAUGUAUAAAUGUGUAUGAACAACUCAGUUUUUACGUGGAAACCCGAAAGGGAGAAAACCACGGGACUUUUUAGGCUAAUGUCCAAGCCCUCUCAAUUCUCAUUAGGCUCUCCUCACCAUUACAUUAUACAAGCUUGAAGCUCCCAUUAAUGGAGUAUUAUAUAAUCUAGAGAAGAAGAAGGAUGAAGAAGGAGGAAAAAGGGGAUCCUUCAUAUGGAGGGAAACCCCCAUAUUUAUAAGGAAAGGGGAUGGGAAGUACUCUCCACCCUAAUGGGCCAAGUGGGCCGAAACAGGCCCAAAGGCUAAAGUGGGCCGGAUGGGCCGAAAUGGUCCUAACUGUUCAGGCUCCGUACUGGAUAAUAUCUUGGGCUCUUGAACAGUAAUAGGCCGGGAUAAUAUAUCCCAACACAAGUCCCCCAGUUUCUUGAGUAGUGAGCGUGCGAAUCUGCUCGAGAAAAUAUACUCUUGCCUGCGCUUUACCUCGGUCUAGCUGGAACCUGUGUCUUCGAAUAAUCAUAAUAUAUGAGUGGAUGUCCACACUCCUGAACGUAAUCUGCCGGUGAGGCACCCCCGUUCCCGAUGGGGUCGGGCGAAAGGUGCUCCUCCACGGGCACGCUCCCCCUGAAUGCAUCAGGCGAGAGUAAAGGACUCUGACUCGAGCUUUCCAACGGAGAAGCUUAGAGGUCCAUGCAUCUAUAAACCGACAUCGCGGUACUGUCAAAACAUGAUGCACGUGUGUAUGUAUGAAUGUAUGAGGUAUGAUGCAUGAAUGCAUGAAUGCAUGUAAUGUAUGAGUGCAAUGUAUGAGAGAAGGAAUGUGAGAUGUGAUAGAAAGCGGUGGCUCUCAUCGAUAAAACGGGCAUGUCAGCACCGAGGGGCAGACGUGCUGCAUAAGAGACGUUCGUCGCCAUCCUGAAAGGGAUGGGCGACCCUAACGUGAGCCAGACACGAUGGCGCUGGGGCGCUGAUCGUGCUGCAUAAGAGACGUUCGUCGCCAUCCUGAAAGGGAUGGGCGACCCUAACGUGAGCCAGACACGAUGGCGCUGGGGCGCUGAUCGUGCUGCAUAAGAGACGUUCGUCGCCAUCCUGAAAGGGAUGGGCGACCCUAACGUGAGCCAGACACGAUGGCGCUGGGGCGCUGAUCGUGCUGCAUAAGAGACGUUCGUCGCCAUCCUGAAAGGGAUGGGCGACCCUAACGUGAGCCAGACACGAUGGCGCUGGGGCGCUGAUCGUGCUGCAUAAGAGACGUUCGUCGCCAUCCUGAAAGGGAUGGGCGACCCUAACGUGAGCCAGACACGAUGGCGCUGGGGCGCUGAUCGUGCUGCAUAAGAGACGUUCGUCGCCAUCCUGGAAGGGAUGGGCGACCCUAACGUGAGCCAGACACGAUGGCGCUGGGGCGCUGAUCGUGCUGCAUAAGAGACGUUCGUCGCCAUCCUGGAAGGGAUGGGCGACCCUAACGUGAGCCAGACACGAUGGCGCUGGGGCGCUGAUCGUGCUGCAUAAGAGACGUUCGUCGCCAUCCUGGAAGGGAAUGGGGCGAUCCGAACGUGAAAGAGACACGAUGGCGCUGAGAAGCCGAUCGUGCUGCAUAGGACGGUCGUCGCCAUCCUGGAGAGAAUGGGCGAGCCGAACCGUGAAGCCAAGUACGAUGGCGUCGAGGGGCCGAUCGCACUGCAUAAGACGUUCGUCGCCAUCCUGGAGGGAAUGGGGCGAUCCGAACGUGAAAGAGACACGAUGGCGCUGAGAAGCCGAUCGUGCUGCAUAGGACGGUCGUCGCCAUCCUGGAGGGAAUGGGCGAGCCGAACCGUGAAGCCAAGUACGAUGGCGUCGAGGGGCCGAUCGCACUGCAUAAGACGUUCGUCGCCAUCCUGGAGGGAAUGGGGCGAUCCGAACGUGAAAGAGACACGAUGGCGCUGAGAAGCCGAUCGUGCUGCAUAAGACGGUCGUCGCCAUCCUGGAGGGAAUGGGCGAGCCGAACCGUGAAGCCAAGUACGAUGGCGUCGAGGGGCCGAUCGCACUGCAUAAGACGUUCGUCGCCAUCCUGGAGGGAAUGGGGCGAUCCGAACGUGAAAGAGACACGAUGGCGCUGAGAAGCCGAUCGUGCUGCAUAGGACGGUCGUCGCCAUCCGUAAAGCCAAGUACGAUGGCGUCGAGGGGCCGAUCGCACUGCAUAAGACGUUCGUCGCCAUCCUGGAGGGAAUGGGGCGAUCCGAACCGUGAAGCCAAGUACGAUGGCGUCGAGGGGCCGAUCGCACUGCAUAAGACGUUCGUCGCCAUCCUGGAGGGAAUGGGGCGAUCCGAACGUGAAAGAGACACGAUGGCGCUGAGAAGCCGAUCGUGCUGCAUAGGACGGUCGUCGCCAUCCGUGAAGCCAAGUACGAUGGCGUCGAGGGGGCGAUCGCACUGCAUAAGACGUUUGUCGCCAUCCUGGAGGGAAUGGGGCGAUCCGAACGUGAAAGAGACACGAUGGCGCUGAGAAGCCGAUCGUGCUGCAUAAGACGGUCGUCGCCAUCCUGGAGGGAAUGGGCGAGCCGAACCGUGAAGCCAGGUACGAUGGCGCUGAGGGGCCGAUCGCACUGCAUAAGACGUUCGUCGCCAUCCUGGAGGGAAUGGGCGAGCCGAACCGUGACGCCAGGUACGAUGGCGCUGAGGGGCCGAUCGCACCGCAUAAGACGUUCGUCGCCAUCCUGGAGGGAAUGGGGCGAUCCGAACGUGAAAGAGACACGAUGGCGCUGAGAAGCCGAUCGUGCUACAUAAGACGGUCGUCGCCAUCCUGGAGGGAAUGGGCGAGCCGAACCGUGAAGCCAGGUACGAUGGCGCUGAGGGGCCGAUCGCACUGCAUAAGACGUUCGUCGCCAUCCUGGAGGGAAUGGGGCGAUCCGAACGUGAAAGAGACACGAUGGCGCUGAGAAGCCGAUCGUGCUGCAUAGGACGGUCGUCGCCAUCCUGGAGGGAAUGGGCGAGCCGAACCGUGAUACAGAAAAAUAGUGAUGAUCAUCUCAUGGCCCUCGGCCUGUCGGUGAGUGGUAAUCGUCCCACGGCCCUCGGCCGUGCUGGUGAUGUGUCAAGUCUCUCUCCUGAUUGACUGUGAGAAGCCGAUCGUCUGCCAGGACUCCAUCCGGGAAGGAAUGGUGAGCCUGAAAUAAAUCUGGGCGAUGUCCCUUCUACCUGAUCUGGGGAGCUAAUCGUCAUUCGAGGCAAAAGAAACCCUGAUGUUAGCCGAUCGUCGUCGGCCACUUCAUUCUUCGUACUUAAGUCUUGUAAUUAUUCUUUACAUAUGUUUUUCAGUUUGUACUUCACAGCCAAUAGUGCCAAGGAAUAAAAUCAUUCUUUGCUCCGUGCUCUUCUGGCAUCUUUUUUUUUUUUUUUUUUUUUUUUUUUUUUUGGAGUCUUCUGGUCUUCGUUCGUCAUUGGUCCUUGGUCCUACCGGCGUUCUUACAUCGAAGAUACGUUCGGUAUCCGCGGACAUCGCAAUGAGGAACAGGUAUAUCUACAUCGAGAUUCCCUCCCUUUUUCGUUCGUCCCUGGUCCUUUUAGUCUUACCGGCGUCUCUUGCAUCGAAGAAGACGUUCGGUACCCAAGGAACUCGCAGGGACGAACUGGUUUACCCUCACGGGUUCCCGUCUUUGUUAUCCCACGUCCAUCGAUCCAUGGUCAUUUGUGGGAUAAACAGGUUUAUCUUGGCAGGCUCCCUUGGUUCGUCUAGCCCCCUCCACGUCUCUACUAACCUCUACAUCGAGAGGCGUUCGUCUUCGGCGGUGGGAGAAGAUCUGGCACACCCGGGCAAGAUUCCCUUCCACAUAGGAGCUACCCUCCUCUUCUCCCCAUCUUCUUUUUUUUUUUUUUUUUUUUUUUUUUUUUUGUUUGAGGGAGGCAAUCUAUAUUCUUCGUUCGUCAUUGGUCCUUGGUCCUACCGGCGUUCCUACUUCGAGGAGACGUUCGGUAUCCGCGGACAUCUCAAUGAGGAACAGGUUUAUCUGCAUCGAGAUUCCCUGGCGCUUCGUUCGUCCCUGGUCCUUGGUCCUACCGGCGUCCUUACUUCGAGGAGACGUUCGGUAUCCGCAGACAUCGCAAGGAGGAACAGGUUUAUCUGCAUCGAGAUUCCCUGGUGCUUCGUUCGUCCCUGGUCCUUGGUCCUACCGGCGCCCUUACUUCGAGGAGACGUUCGGUAUCCGCAGACAUCGCAAGGAGGAACAGGUUUAUCUGCAUCGAGAUUCCCUGGCGCUUCGUUCGUCCCUGGUCCGUGGUCCUACCGAUCUUCCUACAUCGAAGAAGACAUUCGGUAUCCAAGAAACUCGCAGGGAUCACGGGAUGUCACACAUAAUGGUGGUGGCAUACCAACACGAAUAAAAUGACGGGGCGACGGAAUAGCUGGUCGUCAUGCGAAGGCGAUGGUCACCCUCCUGGAGGGGAGGGGUAAGCCCGAUCGCUGACUCAAGAAGGUCGGCAUUGGGAACCGAUAUACAAUGAUCAUAAUGUCGCUGAGCAGUCGGUCCUGAUAAUGGAGAUGGCAAUAGUGUCCGGUCAGGCCGAUAUAUCCGAGCAACGGCUCUCAUCCAACGCAGCGCGGGGAUGAAACCGGUCUUCAAAAGAUAAAUAUGUCGUGCCGAGAGGCCGAACAUAACAUGAUAGUGUCGGCAGUGAGAGGCCGACCUGAAAGAAUCAAACAACGGUCCUCGUCCGCGGGGUGGCGGGGACGAGGCCGGUCUUCAAGAGACAAGCACGCCGAGCCGAGAGGCCGGUCGUGGUAUAAUGGUGUCGGCAAUGAGCGGCCGAUCUGAGAAAAUCAAGCAACGGCCCUCGUCCGCGAGGGCGGGGACGAGGCCGGUCUUCAAAAGAUAAGCACGCCGAGCCGAGAGGCCGGUCGUGAUAUGACGAUAUCGGCAAUGAGAGGCCGAUCUGAGAAAACAAGCAACGGUCCUCAUCCGCGCAGUGCGGGGACGAGGCCGGUCUUCAAAUAUGAACACGCCGAGCCGAGGGGCCGGUCGUGGUAUGAUAAUGUCGGCAAUGAGAUGCCGGUCAAGAUAUGGUCAAGCAACGGUCCUUGUCCACGAGGUGGCGGGGACGAGGCCGGUCUUCGAAUGUGAUCAUCACGCCGGUCCGAGAGGCCGGUCGUGGUAUAAUGGUGUCGGCAAUGAGCGGCCGAUCUGAGAAAAUCAAGCAACGGCCCUCGUCCGCGAGGGCGGGGACGAGGCCGGUCUUCAAAUAUGAACACGCCGAGCCGAGAGGCCGGUCGUGAUAUGACGAUAUCGGCAAUGAGAGGCCGAUCUGAGAAAACAAGCAACGGUCCUCAUCCGCGCAGUGCGGGGACGAGGCCGGUCUUCAAAUAUGAACACGCCGAGCCGAGGGGCCGGUCGUGGUAUGAUAAUGUCGGCAAUGAGAUGCCGAUCAAGAUAUGGUCAAGCAACGGUCCUCGUCCACGAGGUGGCGGGGACGAGGCCGGUCUUCGAAUAUGAUCAUCACGCCGGUCCGAGAGGCCGGUCGUGGUAUAAUGGUGUCGGCAAUGAGCGGCCGACAUGAAAGAACCAAGCAACGGUCCUCAUCCGCGCAGCGCGGGGACGAGACCGGUCUUCAAAAGAUGAACACGCCGAGCCGAGGGGCCGGUCGUGGUAUGAUAAUGUCGGCGAUGAGAGGCCGACCUGAAAAUCAGGAUGGUCUCACGGCCCUCGGCCGUGAUGGUCUCCUCUAGGCCCUCGGCCUCUGAAUGAUGGAUGAUCGUCUCACGGUCCUCCGCCGUGGUAGUCCACUAUAGUCCUCGGCCUCUAGGUGUUCUCUCCUAGGCCAUCGGUCUCUAGGGUGGAGAUGCUCGUCUCACGGUCCUCCGCCGUGAUGGUCUCCUCUUUAGCUGGCCCUGAACGUCUUCAAGACUCGGGCCGAGCGUCUUUUAAUCAUUUCACUCGAGCGCGUCGAGUGAUUUCAGCUGCGCAAUAAGCAUGGUAACGGCCACAUGGCCCAACAAUAAAUAUGCACACAUAACCAUCUGCAUGGGUCAUCGUGGCUUCCCUCUAACACCCACGAUUACCGGCCUAUGGGUCAUCGUGACCCUCGACCCGGCUCAUCGUGCGGGGUUAAUGGACGUAGUAGCUCGCGGCGGGGCCAAUUAGCAGCCCGCCGAACGUCACAUAGAAAUAUUCACCGGUCCGUGAGUUUUCAAACUCAGACCCAAGUUGGUCGCACUACCCUCGAAAAAUGAGGUUGAGCACUUCGGUGCCCUCGGGCCCCACAGGCCACGUUUGGCACGGUCACUUCGCCUAGUGGCGCAGAUGGUACUAGGGUACGAUCGUCGCUCGGGCACUUGGUGCCGUGCGGACCAAUGCGUAACCCCCCAAUUAAAAUGCGUCGUCGGGGCAUCGCCCUUCUGGAGACGCUCAAAUCGCUUAAUCAAGCCGAUCGAGAGUGGGCCAAUCGGGCCCACAAGAAAUUAAAUAUCCAAUAAAAUGUUGGCUGAACCAACCAUCACUAGAGCUUCGCUCCACAUUAUUUAAUUCGGGACAUUUUUAUCCCUAAUAAAUAAUGGUGACGUAACAGGUAAUAGCAAUGAUAUUUUCCUAUCAAAGGCCAUUCAGGUAAGCUCCGCUCGCUAAUUAAAGCCGAUUGGGAGCGGGCCUACGAGCCCACAAUAACCCAUCAUUUUAAUUAAAAUGAUGGUGAAAAUAAUUAUCACUAGAGCAUCGCUCCACAUUAUUUAAUUUCGGGGGGUUUUACCCCUAAUAAAUAAUGGUGAUAAAAAUAAUUUAACCAAUAGCAGGAAAAUUAUUCUAUAGCAUCAACAAAUAAACAAAUAAAUGUUCCAAUCUAAAGUGUGGGUACUUAGCUUUAUGGGGUUCGGCCAGCUGAUAUCAUAAAGUAGAGAAAGGUGAGCUUUCCCCAAUCUUGACUUGGUCAAAAUUCCUUCAAGGACAUUGGCUCUCCACUGUCUGGCCUCUGUUUCUCGGACGUGGCCUGCCUUAGACCAAGGCAUCAUGUGCGGAGUGCAUCUCUUAGAAAGGGCAGGUGGAGCACCUUCCUACCAAACCAGACGCAGCCCGUCCGUGCCGGCCACCUUCUGCCGGGGGAGAUGGGGUCGCAGCGUUGCAAGGACGGCCAGAAAAGCUACUCCCCGGUGGAAGCUUAACCGAAAUUGCUAAACCCCUCUUAUGAGCUCGAAACCACCAUUAAUGGCGGAAACCAAGGAUGUGUCUGGUCGGAAAAUCCCCCGAGUUGGGUCGGCAGCGAGGUUGAGCCCUGAGCAGCGACUGACCAGACGGAGGUGCGACCACCGUCUUUGAUCUUCCGGCGGUGCGGCGAACCGCGGCUGGCUCGGAGAGCUUCUGACGUUACACGGCGGAGAUUUGGCAGAUGCUCCGGCGGCGGCGAUGCUCCGGCGGCGGCAGCUAAACAGAGAAAAAUCCAGACAGCCCAAAUCUUCCAAAAUCCUCCUUUCCCUUCUUCCUCUUUGCUGAAGAACAGUCAAAUCUUCGAAUGAUUUUUUUUUCAGAAAUGAAGAACAACGUGAAUCUUUUUGGACAGAUUCCCACAGACGGCGCCAGUGUUGAGUUUAAUCCAACACGAUAUAGUAAAUAUAUGUAUAAAUGUGUAUGAACAACUCAGUUUUUACGUGGAAACCCGAAAGGGAGAAAACCACGGGACUUUUUAGGCUAAUGUCCAAGCCCUCUCAAUUCUCAUUAGGCUCUCCUCACCAUUACAUUAUACAAGCUUGAAGCUCCCAUUAAU